AUCUACAGGUACCUAUAUCUUGGAUACAAAUUCUGAAUUCAAAACAGCCACCCAUACAAAUCCCAAUAUCUCAUCCACUGUCUCAUCUAGGCCGUCCUGUGAGAUCCUUUUCGGGAACUACAAUUCGUCAGUCAGCUCAACUGACCCAUCUUCUUUACCAGGCUUUUCUCUACCAUAUCCAUAUGCGAAAAUACCCUAUUUCAUCUACAACUUAACAGUCCGGGGCGAGAUAAAGAACAAUCGUAUCCCGCGUAUUUUCGCAAAGCAUGGGACAACGAUACGAAAUGGCCCGCAUGGCCGGAGACACGAUGACAGUCGAGAUAGGCGCAACUGCAAUCCUAAUAUUUGGUCUAGGACAACCUGAUGCUAUCGGAUGUGAUAUAUUCGCUUCUGGAAUUGCGAUUGCGUUUGUAUCUUCGUGCGGUGCUAUAAUUAGAAACCUCCGACCUCUGCUCGCGGCAGAGAACAACGUCGCGGCUUUGGAAUCCCUCAACCUACAGCUUAACACCGUGCUCGGGUAUUGGCAAGAUAAUAGGGAGCUCUUCAGCGAUAUGACCCGCCUUAUUGUUCUUGUGGUGUCGGUAGGCGUGCCAGUGGAUAUGCCCGACUGGGUCGGAUGGAUUCGGGGAAGACUUUCUACGUUUGGGAUCCAAAAACCGAUUAUUUCAUACGAGAUACCUGUUGCAGACACUACUGGGGUCCAGUCUAGCCUAUUCGUUGAUGCAAGGUUAGGGAUACCAUGGAUUUAUAUUGAGGGGACACCACACCCUUUUAAGAUAUACAUGGGCGUAUAAAUUUGGACCAUCGUGUUGUGUGAGGGCACUGGUCGAAAGCCUUACUCCGCAACCCUCAAUAAAACCUACGCAAAGGACGAUAACCCAUGUCUUUCCUACUAUUUUCUUGCUGUUUUCUUACUGUGAGAGCGAUAUGGAUUAACAAG